UCAAGAGCAAGCAAAAAUCACCCUUCGCACCCCCCACGUUUGCGUUGCAACCCCGGAGAUAAUCAUUACUGAUACUCCCUUAUAGAUUCAUUUUCUGUUUCAAUCAUUGCGAGAUACCCUUCCUGUUGUUAGCAAGAAUUCCACUCUCAUGGAGGGUCAAUAUGAUGAUGCUGCACAAGAUCGUGUGCGUGCCGCUGUCGAGUUCCUCGACCCAAGUGAUGCUAGAGCGCGCAGUUAUCGAGCCGAUAUCCUGUUGAUGCUUAACAGAGGGCUGCGGCGCUUGAUAGUCAGCAUCGAUGAAAUUCGAGCACAUAGCCGUGAGAUGGCUGACGGUCUUCUCACAUCUCCUUACGAAUUCACCGAUGCCUUCGAGAGAGCACUGAAAGAUAUCAUCAAGACAUUGCCGAACAGACCGUCCAGAGAAACAGCAGACGAUGUGCAUUACCAUUGCGGCUUUGUUGGUGCCUUCGGAGAGUUCUCCUGCAAUCCCAGAACACUUGGUUCCUCGCAUCUGAACCGCAUGAUCUCGUUGGAGGGAAUUGUUACCAAGUGCUCCCUAGUCCGACCGAAAGUUAUCCAGAGUGUUCACUGGAGUGAGCGCACCAAGAAAUUCCUUACCAGAAAAUAUGUUGAUGCGACGAUGACUGCAAGUGGAGCAACUAGCAUGAGUGUAUACCCUCAAGAGGACGAAGAAAAGAAUCCGUUGACCACGGAAUAUGGCUACUCUACCUACAUGGAUCACCAAACAAUUUCAAUUCAGGAGAUGCCUGAGCGGGCACCGGCUGGUCAACUUCCGCGCAGCGUGGACGUCAUUCUAGACGAUGAUCUGGUCGAUCGAGCCAAACCUGGAGACAGAAUUCAGCUUGUCGGUAUCUACCGGACUUUGGGUAAUCGAAACGCAUCUUCCACAUCCGCCACAUUCCGUACGCUUGUACUAGCCAACAAUGUCAUCCAGCUGGCGUCUAAAUCGGGCGGCGGCAUCGCCCAAGCUACCAUUACCGAUACCGACAUUCGAAACAUCAACAAGGUUGCCAAGAAGAAGAGUGUGUUUGAGUUGCUAUCUCAAUCUCUCGCUCCCAGUAUUCAUGGCCAUGACUAUAUCAAGAAGGCGAUUCUGCUUAUGUUGCUUGGUGGCAUGGAAAAGAACUUGGAGAACGGUACUCACUUGCGUGGUGACAUCAACAUUCUCAUGGUUGGUGAUCCAUCUACUGCCAAAUCACAGCUGCUUCGCUUCGUCCUGAAUACUGCACCGCUUGCAAUCGCAACUACGGGUCGUGGUUCUUCCGGAGUCGGUCUUACUGCUGCCGUCACUUCUGAUAAGGAAACCGGUGAACGCAGACUGGAGGCUGGUGCCAUGGUCCUUGGUGAUCGUGGUGUUGUCUGUAUUGACGAGUUCGACAAAAUGAGUGACGUCGAUCGUGUGGCCAUUCACGAAGUAAUGGAACAGCAAACAGUCACUAUCGCAAAGGCUGGUAUCCAUACGAGCUUGAAUGCUCGGUGUAGCGUCCUAGCUGCCGCCAACCCUAUUUACGGUCAAUAUGAUCCUCACAAGGACCCGCAUAAGAACAUUGCCCUGCCUGACUCUCUUCUGUCACGUUUCGACUUGCUCUUUGUCGUGACCGACGACAUCGAGGAUGCGAAGGACCGGAUGGUGUCCGAGCAUGUUCUUCGCAUGCACCGCUACCGCCAGCCUGGCGCUGAGGAAGGUGCCCCCGUCCGUGAACAACAGCAUCAGACUCUCGGUGUCGGCUUAGAGGACAACCAGGAUUCGAACCAUCCCACUGAUGUCUACGAAAAGUUCAACGUCAUGCUUCAUGCUGGCAUGGCUAACCAACGCAGCAAGAACAAGAACGUCGAAAUCCUCAGCAUACCCUUUAUCAAGAAAUAUGUUCAGUACGCUAAAACUCGUGUCAAGCCUGUAUUGACCAAGGGAGCCGCCGACCACAUCGUGACGACUUACUCGGCGCUCAGAAACGAGGACUUGUCUGGCAAUCAGCGCAGAACAUCUCCUAUCACCGCUCGUACGCUCGAGACUCUCAUCCGUUUGUCCACAGCCCAUGCCAAAUCGCGUCUCUCGAACAGAGUGGAGGAACGCGAUGCCAAGGUUGCAGAGUCGAUCCUGCGAUUUGCUAUGUAUAAGGAAGUACUUGACGAUGAACGGCGAAAGAGGAGAAAGGUCACCACGUUCGACGAUGAUUCAGAAAGCAGUGACCUCGAUUCUGACAGUGAUGAUGAGACCCCUGCGCAGACUGCAAGUGCGACUCCCCGGUCAACGAGACGGGGUGGGCCGAGAACCCGCGGUGCUAACGCUCUCUCCACCAUGACCGAGGACACUGAGAUGGAUGCGGAGGGAGACGACGUUUCCGAGAAUGGUGAUGGUCUGUACAAUUCUAGCCCUCGUGGCCAGCGUCUCCGUUCCAGCCGUACUCAGCCCGAGUCGCAAAGCCAAUCUCAGAUGUCUGUUGCAUCGUCCCGUCCGGCGUCGCAGCUGGUUGGAUCUCAGACGGACACCUCUCAGUCGCAGACUGCUAGUCUUUCGUCUCAGCCUAUCCAGCCUGCUCGUCUGACGGUCUUCCGCCAGGCUCUAGGCCCGCUGAUGGGCACCCAGUUGUUCACUCACGAAGACACUGCCGAUGUGGAGAGGCUCAUCGGGGCCGUGAACACCGCUAUUCGCAGCGCACCGACACUCGGCGAAGGCCACGUCUUCCAGCGUGCGGAGGCACUGCAGGCCCUGCGGGCUAUGAACGAGAGAAACGAAUUGAUGUACCUCGAGGAUGAUGAAACUGUUUACCGAAUCUAAUGCACCAUUUGGUUGGGUGUUAUCUGGGCAUAGAGUAUGGGUGUUUCUUUUUGCUAUACGGAAUCAAGCAGGUUUUGAUGUGACAUGGUCCUUUCGUCAAACACAAAUUCUAUCUACAUAAUUGAUCACGGAGGAGAGAAUCCGGCGUUCUUGAGAGUACUUUGUCUUGUAUCUUGAUCCGCACUAGGAAUCUCGAAGUAGUGUGUG